AGACAUUAAAUCAAGCAAUGGGGAGUCUCCAAAAUGAUUAUUAUUUUGGGUGGAGAGGGAAAGUCGGAAGGGUUGGACUGGAGUGGUGCUUUUGCAGGUUGGAUUGUAGCUACCUACAGUUCAGAAGAAAUGAAUGUGGGACACCAUCCAUGCAGAUGCCUUUCCCAGUGAGCUGGAGCACACCAGUCAUGCUCCAUGGAGCUUGUGUAAGAAAACCUCUGAGUGGUUGGUGCCCUAAGUUUCAGCAUCCCCAGCUUGAAGGGUGCCAGCUAUCUGGUUUAGUUUUAAGAAACUUCAGAUUCUGCAAGACUUUGGAGAGGUAAGGUGGGCAGCCGUACUUUGUAGUGUUGUCUUCUCACUUUGGAAUUAAAUCCAGAAAUCAAGGCAUUGGUAGCUCAGAGCUUAGCAAUGGACUUAAGAAACCAUCAUUCAGAAAGGAGCCUCCUGGACAUCAUUAUUAAACCCAUGGGUUUUAAGGGAAGCAAUGCAAGCUCUUACUUCUCUUCCCUAUGGAAAGCGAUAGGCUUUCCCUCUGGACUUGUGUCUGUUGUGAAAUGUAGGCCAGUGGUGGAGAAGGAGGCGCAGUGGUUUAGAGUGUUGGACUAGGAGUUGGAGGAACAGGGCUUGAAUCCCCAACUAGCCAUGGAAACCCACUGGAGGACCUUGGCCAUGUCAUUCUCAUCCUCAGAGGAGAGCAAUGGCAACCUCCUCUUGAGAAAUAUGGCAAAGAAAAAGCCUAGGAUAGGAUCACCAUGUCUUGACACAUAGCAGCUAAGGUUGCUGCUACACUGGAGAAUUAAUGCAGUCUGAAACUGCUUUGACUGUCAUGGCUCAAUGCUAUGGAAUUCUGGGAAUUGUAGUUAGUUGUGGCACCAGAACUCUCUGACAGCAAAAGCUAAAUAUCUUGCCAAACUACAGACCCCUGGUUUCUAUAGCACUGUGCCAUUUCAGUUCAAGCAAUGUCAGACUGUACCCAUUCAGCAAUGUAGCUUGUGCUUCAGAGAAGAAUGCCUGCAAAAUCUGAUGGUCUUCUCCCUUCCCCUUGAGUAGCCCUUGAGUAGCAGGGCUAGUUAAAUUCCCAGUUGCUUUGGUUUUGGCUGAAUCAUUUCAUCACUGAAAAAGAAACUCUUUUUGCAAGGUACAACCUGGAUGUGCGUGGAAAAUGCCACGACUGUGUGUGUAUAGUAGCCAAUAAUGCAUGCAGGGGAUUGAGUCUUCUGCAUUUGAUCUCCCACAAAAUUUCACUUUGGUAUUUUUUUGCGGGGGGAGGGGAUCAGUAUCACUUAAGUUUCUGGGGCAGGAGCGAAGAAAGUGUGUUGGCUUUGGGGAAGUGGCUGCAGCCACCAAAUCCCAUUUUUACUAAGGCACUUCAAGUUUUGGGUUGAGUAGCAAAUUUCAUGAAACCGCUCUUGUGUCAUUCAAAGUUUUCUCCCUCCCAUUGUAGGUUCAAUGCAACUUUCUUUUACGCACCCCUCAAUACAGUCUCUUAGUUAAUUUGUUGUUGUUGUUGUUGUUGUUGUGUUUAACUGCUGUCAAGUCAACUUUGACUUUGACUAUGAUGGCGAGACCUCCAGUCAUCACCAGCUCUGCCCAUCUCUUGCAAACUCAAGAGAGACAUGGCUUCCUGGACUGAAACAAUCCACCUAUAAUGUGGUCUUCUUCUUUUCCUACUGCCUUCAGGUUUACCAGACAUUAUCAUCUGCUCCAAAGAGUCAUGUCAUCUCAUGGUCUGAAAGGAACCCUUCGACUGUGAAUUGAAGCACGAGACAGACCCAAGAUGGCGUCUCCGGCUGACAGUUGUAUCCAGUUCACCCGACACGCCAGUGAUGUCCUCCUCAAUCUCAACCGCCUUAGAAGUAGGGAUAUCCUGACAGAUGUCGUGAUUAUCGUCAACCGGGAACAAUUCCGAGCCCACAAAACAGUCUUGAUGGCCUGCAGUGGCCUUUUCUACAGCAUUUUCACCGAUCAGCUGAAGUGCAAUUUGAACGUCAUCAACUUGGACCCUGAAAUCAACCCAGAAGGGUUUGGCAUCCUCCUUGACUUUAUGUACACCUCUCGCCUCAACUUGCGGGAAAGCAACAUCAUGGCUGUGAUGACCACCGCCCUUUACCUGCAGAUGGAGCAUGUGGUGGACACCUGCCGAAGGCUUGUCAAUUCCAGUGAAACAGAGCUAGUUUCGGCUGUGAAGACACCACGGGAAGAAUUUUUACCCAGCCGCAUGCUGAGCCAUCCAGAAAUGAUGGCUUACAGGACCCGAGAAAUGUCAGAAAAUGGUCUCCCUCUUCGGAAUGGACCAGUUUGUGACGGGAGGGCCUACAUCCCUGGCUUGUACAGCAGCCUCUCGGGUUCCCCUCUCUCCUACACUGGAUACAGCCCCAUUCCUGUCAACAGUUACCUCUUCUCUGAUGAAGAGCUUCGGGAAGCGAGGAUGCCCCUGUCGGAUGUUUCAAGAGCCAACCCUUUCCCACGGGAUCGAGCAUUGCCAUGUGGUCUUUCCCGGACAUGCACCGCCGAAUACACCAGGGCGGUCAGUGAUGUCUCUCCCAGCAUGUGCCACUCUGCCACUUACUCUCCAAAAGAAGCUGCUGCUGAAGAAGUCAAGACUGAUGUGCACUACAGCACCACCUCUGUCGCUGGACUCAAACCCACCACCCCUUUGGCCCGAAACAACUCCUAUUUUGCCUGCGACAAGGCAGGCAAAGAGCUAGAGCGGACCCAUGGAGAAGAUGAGAUUGGGCAGCACUAUGAGCCCAGCAAUGCACCCAUGAACCGGAAGGUACUCAUCAGCCCCCAGAGUCCACAGAAAUCGGACUGCCAGCCCAAUUCACCAACCGAGUCCAGCAGCAGCAAGAACGCUUGCAUUGGCCAAAGCUCUGGUUCCUUCUCUGCCAAGAGCCCGACUGAUCCUAAGGCUUGCAACUGGAAGAAGUACAAGUUCAUUGUUCUCAAUUCCCUCAACCAGAGUGCCAAGCAAGACAGCCCCGAGCAGAAUGAGACUGGGACCCUCUCCCCGCAGUCCUAUGUGCCCUCCCUGACUUGCCAGCAGCCAAUGGAGCCAGAGAAUUUAGACGUGCAAUCCCCGACCAAAAUGAACGUCAAUGGGGAAGACUCAACAAUCCCACAAGCCAGCAGGUUGAACAACCUUGUGAACAGGUCACUCGACGGGUCCCCUCGGAGCAGUGAGGGUCAGUCCCCCUUGUACUUGCAUUCGUCCAAGUGUAGCUCCUGUGGCUCACAGUCCCCCCAGCAUUCUGAGAUGUGCCUUCACACCCCCAGCUCAAACUUUGGAGAAGAGAUGGGCGAGACGCAGUCCGAAUACUCAGAUUCCAGUUGCGAAAACGGAACCUUUUUCUGCAAUGAGUGUCACUGCAGGUUUUCAGAAGAGGCAGCUCUCAAGCGACACUCCCUCCAAAUGCACAGCGACAAGCCCUACAAGUGUGACUGUUGCCAAGCCUCCUUCCGCUACAAGGGGAACCUAGCCAGCCAUAAAACUGUUCACACAGGUGAGAAACCUUAUCGCUGCAGUAUUUGCGGGGCUCAGUUCAACCGGCCAGCCAACCUGAAGACUCACACGCGGAUCCACUCGGGGGAGAAGCCCUACAAAUGCGAGACCUGUGGGGCAAGAUUUGUCCAGGUAGCGCACCUCCGAGCUCAUGUGCUGAUCCACACUGGUGAGAAACCCUACCCAUGUGAAAUCUGUGGCACACGCUUCAGGCAUUUGCAAACGCUCAAAAGUCACCUUCGCAUCCACACUGGAGAGAAGCCCUACCAUUGUGAAAAGUGCAACCUCCAUUUUCGCCACAAAAGCCAACUCCGCCUCCACUUGCGCCAGAAGCACGGGGCCAUCACCAACACCAAGGUGCAAUACCGCGUCUCCGCAGAAGUCACACCAGAACUCUCCAAGACCUGCUAGAACCAGAUGUGGCUAGUCAGUGGGUGGAGGACAAAGGGGCUCAGAUUGGGAGAGGAUGGCAUGGAAAGGGCAAAUGAUGUCCAAAGGAUACUUGUAACACUUUAGCCACGCCUCCACUGCUUUCGUUAUUAUUUUUGGUCACACAAUGGAGUGCCUCUAGAAGCCCAGAAUGCAGGCAGGUGGAAUAGAGGAAAAUGACUAAAUGAAAAUACACGGGUUUUAUGUUUGAUUUUAACUUUUUUGGUUUGUUUCCCAGUUAUGUGAAUUUUUCAAUACACACAGACAGACAGACAGACAUAUAUAUGUAUAUGUACGGCAACAAUCCUGCAUUACGGUGGUAUAACAUCAUGCUCCACAUGCGGAGUUACAGAUGAAUUGUGUUGAAUGGCUGGGUUGUGCCACUGAACCAAGACAUCAAAUGUGACACCAAAGGGUCCUGCACAUCAGUGUACAGUAUGCAUUGAUGUGCAGUGUGCACUUCUAUGUGGAUUGUGUGUCUAUGAACAAUGUGCCCAUCCAGGCACUAUGGCACUAUUUAUACAAUUCUACUUCUGCAACCUUGGUCUGAAUGUGGCUGUUAUACAUUAAAUAAAAAUGUCCAACCGCUUCUGUACAGGAUGUUAGACUCAUGUAAGACAUCAAUAUGACUCUGGCCAUAUAUAUAUAUAUAUAUAUAUAUAUAUAUAUAUAUAUAUAUCUGCAUCAGAGUGUGUGUGUGAGCUUGGGUGUGUUUGUUAGGAAGCGGUUGAAUAGAGACCUUUCUUAAAAUGUCUGUGUAGUGGAGUGUCAAAAUGUCGGCCCUCCACAGCCAGAAAAUGAGGAAUGUAUAUCGUUUUACGGGAACAAAUUCUAUUUCUUUUUAUGCAGAAUGGUAUGUUUUUAAUAAAAGAGGAAAAAAGAUUGUAUAUGCUAUAAGAAAGGAGAGGGCUUUAACUUUUUAACCAAAGGUGAAGGAAAUCUAUGGCAGAGUUGUACAUAUAUGAAUAUAUAAAUAAAGUAUAUAUAUAUAUAUUAAAAAAUAUAAACCUUUAAAAAGAUAUAUUAAAUAUAUAAAUAUAUAUAUAUAUAUAUAUAUAUAUAUUAAAAUACAUUGAAGUCUCACGCUGAGUCUCUGCAGGCAGACGACCGAUCAGAGAGACUUUCUUGUGACAGAGCACUUAACAAGAUAUUUUAAAAAGUAUUGCAUCUGUAUUAGUGAGAAAAUAUUUUGUCUAAGAGCAUUGAGUGUGUAUUUGUAUUUUUUUGCAAGUGAAGGUUUACAAUUUACAAAAAAAAAGUGUGUAUUAAAACCAACAAAGCUGCAGAAGGAAUUUAAAAUAAUAUAAAGUGUAAUAAUAAUUUUCGGGUCCCCCCCCCCCAAAGUCUGUAUAUAUAUGUAAAGUGUUUGUUUGGGGUUUUACUUCUUGUUUUUCUCACGGUGCCUUUCUUUUGCAACUAAAUUUGAGCCCUGUUUGAGGUACGGUCUGAUGUUGUGAAAAGGGUUCACGGCAGCCUCUCGACGGAAAAUAUCAGGUGGUUCUUUGUGUUUUUUUUUCUUUCUUUUCUUUUUUUUACAAAGAAAAUAAGAUAAUUUGGUCUCAUUUUAUACACUUGUGUUAACAAUCAGUCAAUAUCGGGAGACAGGGUCUGGGCUGCGACAAACCGCAUUAAUGUGUUCUGUAAAAUAGAGCUGUACAAAUUUUAAAAAAAGAAAUAAAACAGCAGAAAGCAACCAUGA